CUUCGAGUCAGUUCAGUUACCAGGGGUGGGUCUGAACGUUAUAUAAACGGUUCAUACAUCCCGUGUGUGGACUCUAAAACCACAUUUAACCAUCACUUAUCGUCAACAACUCGAUCUAGAGUCUUCUAGACCACAAAGCCUGUUCUUAAAAGCGACAUUAAAGCCAUUUAUACCUACAGACGUCGGGUGUUUUGUGAUUUUUGUGCAGGAAACACCUCAAAGAGCCGCAUUUAUCAAAGAUGACUGCCGAAGAGGUGGUGAAUGAAGGCAACAGCAUCCCCAUCGAGGGUGAAGACAUCACCCCGAAGAAAGAUGGAGGUGUUUUAAAGCUGGUCAAGAACGAGGGUACGGGCACUGAGUCGCCCAUGACAGGUGAUAAAGUAUUUGUGCACUAUGUCGGAACGUUGCUUGAUGGAACACAGUUCGAUUCCAGCCGAGAUCGAGGAGAGAAGUUCUCCUUUGAGCUGGGAAAAGGUCAGGUGAUCAAGGCAUGGGACAUCGGUGUGGCAACAAUGAAGAUUGGGGAGAUCUGUCAGUUGAUUUGCAAACCUGAGUAUGCCUAUGGGGCUGCUGGCAGCCCACCCAAAAUCCCACCCAACGCAACCCUUGUGUUCCAGGUGGAGUUGUUUGAGUUUCGUGGGGAGGACAUCACUGAUGAUGAAGAUGGUGGAAUUAUUCGCAGGAUCAUCACUAAGGGCGAGGGUUACACAAAACCGAAUGAGGGAGCAUCUGUAGAAGUGUUUUUAGAGGGGCGUCAUGACGAUCAAGUCUUCGAUGAGCGUGAGCUGAAGUUUGAGUUGGGAGAUGGAGAGAGUUUGGGUCUGCCACCAGGUGUGGAGAAAGCCCUGCAGGCUAUGGAGCAGGGAGAGGAGGCGCUCUUCACCAUCAAACCAAAGUAUGGCUUUGGAACCGCUGGCAGCGACAAAUUCAACAUCCCUCCCAGUGCAACACUGAAGUACAAAAUCAAACUGAAAGCAUUUGAGAAGGCCAAAGAAUCCUGGGAGAUGAACUCCAUUGAGAAACUGGAACAGAGCGCAAUCAUCAAAGAGAAAGGAACGCAAUAUUUCAAGGAGGGGAAAUACAAGCAGGCAGCCGUGCAGUAUAAACGCAUUGUGUCGUGGUUGGAGCAUGAGUCCAGUCUGCAGGGGGAGGAGGAAGAGAAAGCCAAAGCGCUGCGAUUGGCUGCUCAUCUCAACCUGGCUAUGUGCUACUUAAAAAUGCAGGAACCAAACCUCACCCUCGAGAACUGUGACAAGGCACUGGAGCUGGACGCAAAUAAUGAGAAGGCGUUGUUCAGGCGAGGGGAGGCACUGGUUGUCAUGAAGGAGUUUGACAGGGCGAGAGCAGACUUCCAGCACGUCACUCAGUUGUAUCCAGCCAAUAAGGCAGCAAAGAGUCAGAUUGUGCUCUGCCAGAAACAUAUCAAAGAGCAACAUGAGAAGGACAAACGCCUGUAUGCAAAUAUGUUCCAAAAGUUUGCAGAUAGGGACGCCAAAAAGGAGGUGGAGCAGGAUAAGAAACAGAACGGUACCGUGAUGGAAAUAAGUGAAAACGGAGCCCAGGAACAAACUGCAGCAUAAUAGCGCGCUUGUGCGUGUUUUGUAUUAUUUACUGUCUUUUGUGUUCUUUUUUUUUCUUUUUUUUUUUAAAGAUGCUUUUGUAACUUCUAUGAUUUUUUUGACCCACUGAAAUGACCAUUUAUUCGACUGUGGAUGCGUACUUGUUUCAGUUUCUAAUCUAAUGUACAGUAGCAAGUCGUUUGAUUUUGUCCUGUGGCCAGACCCUUACGGCCAGGGUGUGCACUCGCAUGUGAUUGCACACAUGUAUGAAUUUUUAUGUAUGAGUUAUUGUAAGGCAGCUAGCCGGCCUGGCCGUGUUCUCUGCUGCGUGUCUCUUAUGUUUAGGGAAAUAAAGUGGAAAUAAAACUGACUCAUUCUCAGCAAAUAGCCUGUACUUCAGCCUUUCAGAACCGAUUCAGAUCCUUUGAACGCAAGAGUCGCACUGCUGUACAAUAAAGCACUUUUCUGUCCUGUCACUCAACAACACAUGCAUGGAAAUGAUUGCCAGGGCUAAAAAGAACGUCAUUUCACUGUUAAACUCCAUUUCACUUCACCUUUCCUGUGCAUAACCAUUUCAAUGAUAUUGUUUGAUCGUCCAAGUGGAGAACAUCCUCAAUAAGGAGCUGAGAUUUGUGGCAAUACUACAAAUUUCAUCCCCUUAUUGAGGAUGUUCUCCUUUGUCUCCUUCCAUCUUCUUGUGGACAGGAUUACCCAUGAUUGUAUAAAAUCGAACUUGCACAUUGUAAUUUAAUGGCUGUAAUGGAAAAGAUUUGGUGAAGUAUAUAAUUGUAAAAGAGCGCUACGAAGGCAAGAUUACUAUAGUGUAGUUUGUGUGGGUGACAGAGACAUUCACUAGUUCUGUUCUCAUGUUCUUGAUACUUAACUGAUGUUGACUAGAACAAUAAAACAAACUCUGAACCCUCC